CUUAUAGGUGACAGUUACGACUCUCAGCGUUGUAAUGGAAAGUAGUGGACCCGAUCGCAGACGAUGUCGCCGCCGUUGAUGACCUAAUUCCCCGUCAACGACUCACAUCCUGACGACGGCCGACUGCCGAUUGAAGAAUUUGGCGUAUCCCCCAGAAAUGUGAGAAUUGAGAAACAAAAUACGAGUUAACUUCUGAAGAAAAUGCUUUAUAUAUUUCUAUUCUCACUUCUCUUUCCCAAAGCCCCGCCCAAAAAUAUGCGUACUUAAUGCGAAAAGUAUUUCUUUGACAUUUUAGCAAACAGAUGCCGUGCGUGCGAUUUCCCUGGCCUUGAUAUCGUUUCUUCUAUGAAAAGAAAUACAUUAUUGGUUUGCUUCGAUUUGGGAAAUUUCUGAGAGAUUUAUGGUUUUGGAUUCGGUUCGGCCAGACAUUGUUCAAUGAGUUCAUCCGGUUCUCAAGCUCAUUCCUUCAGUCAAACGGAGAUCAAUUGGGAUAGGCUUGAUAAAACUAAGUUUUAUGUCAUAGGAGCUGGCCUCUUUACAGGACUUACUGUGGCACUGUACCCAGUCUCUGUUGUAAAAACCAGGCUGCAGGUGGCUUCGAGGGAUGCUGCUGAGAGAAAUGCAUUUUCAGUCAUCAGGGGCAUAUUGAGAACAGAUGGGAUCCCUGGCUUGUACAGAGGGUUUGGCACAGUCAUCACUGGUGCAGUUCCUGCAAGGAUUAUUUUUUUAACUGCUUUGGAAACCACAAAAGUGGCUACUUUCAAGAUGGUUGAACCAUUUAAAUGGUCUGAACCUACACAAGCAGCCAUAGCAAAUGGAAUUGCAGGCAUGACAUCAUCACUUUUUGCCCAGAGUGUGUUUGUUCCAAUUGAUGUGAUCAGCCAGAAGUUGAUGGUGCAAGGGUAUUCAGGCCAUGCAAGGUAUAAUGGCGGUUUGGAUGUUGCUCGUAAGAUUUUGAAGGCUGAUGGCAUUCGUGGAUUAUAUAAAGGUUUUGGCCUAUCUGUUAUAACUUACUCUCCGUCCACUGCUGUAUGGUGGGCAAUGUAUGGUUCAAGCCAAAGAGUGAUCUGGAGGCUUUUGGGCCAUGGCCAUGAUCUCGAGGUAGCUGCUCCAAGCCAGUGGACAAUUGCAUUGGUUCAAGCUGCUGGAGGUAUAACAGCAGGUGCUACAGCGUCCUGCAUCACUACCCCACUGGAUACCAUCAAGACCCGCUUACAGGUGAUGGGACAUGAGAAGAAAACUACUACAAGACAGGUUGUUAAAAUAUUGAUAAAGGACGAUGGUUGGAAAGGUUUAUAUAGAGGACUGGGCCCAAGAUUUUUCAGCAUGUCAGCAUGGGGAACUUCCAUGAUAUUGGCUUAUGAAUAUCUCAGUAAAGACUAUUUCCUCUCUUUCAUGUUUCACUAAUAUUCUGCAAUCUGUAGUAUUUUCCAAUAUUAUGAGGAAUCUUGUGAUGAUCAAACAAUGAAGCAAAAAAUAGCUUUUGCAUAAAAAAUCAUAUUACUAUUGACCCUGGAA